CUCUCUUCGUCUCUCUCCCAACUCCAACCUCUUCUUCUCCUCUCCAACUCCAUGGAUCUCCUUCCCCGCCAUGUGAAACCCUAGAAACCCUAACGCUCGCUGGGCCCUCUCCAAUGGGCAACUGCUGCCGCUCCCCCGCUGCUGUGGCUCGUGAAGACGUCGACCCUCGCAAACCCCAACCCCGACCUCACCGUACCGCCAACCCAGAGCCCAAACCUAAGCCCCUCUCCGUCCUCUUGCCUGGAACCUGCGACAUCGAUGGUAACAUCGAGGAGAAGUACCUCGUUGACCGCGAGCUCGGCCGCGGUGAGUUUGGCGUCACCUACCUUUGUAUGGACAAGGAUACCCGGGAGCUGCUUGCCUGCAAGUCCAUUCCCAAGAGGAAGCUUCGCACUGCCGUUGACGUUGAGGAUGUGAGGAGGGAGGUCUCCAUCAUGCGCCAUCUUCCGCGGAGCCCGAGCAUCGUGUCUCUUAGGGAGGCUUGUGAGGAUGAGCAUGCUGUUCAUCUUGUUAUGGAGCUCUGCGAGGGCGGCGAGCUCUUCGAUCGCAUCGUUGCUAGAGGGCACUAUACUGAACGUGCUGCCGCUGCUGUCACGAAGACGAUUGUUGAGGUUGUUCAGCUCUGCCACAAGCAUGGUGUGAUUCAUCGGGAUCUUAAGCCGGAGAACUUCUUGUUCGCGAACAAGAAGGAGAACUCGCCUCUCAAAGCCAUUGAUUUUGGCCUUUCGAUAUUCUUCAAGCCUGGUGAGAGAUUCUCUGAAAUUGUGGGAAGUCCAUAUUACAUGGCUCCUGAAGUUCUCAAGCGGAAUUAUGGACCAGAAAUUGACAUUUGGAGCGCAGGAGUUAUUCUUUAUAUCUUAUUAUGUGGAGUUCCUCCUUUCUGGGCUGAAUCUGAACAGGGGGUUGCACAAGCCAUUCUUCGAGGUAUUAUUGAUUUCAAGCGUGAACCGUGGCCUAGUGUUUCUGAAAGUGCUAAGGAUCUAGUUCGGCAUAUGUUGGAGCCUGAUCCAAAACUUAGACUAACUGCAAAACAAGUGUUAGAGCAUUCUUGGCUUCAAAAUGCCAAAAAGGCUCCAAAUGUUCCUCUUGGAGAUGUUGUUAAGUCCAGGCUUAAGCAAUUUUCAGUCAUGAACAGAUUCAAAAGGAGAGCUUUAAGGGUAAUUGCUGAUCACUUAUCUGUCGAAGAAGUUGAAGACAUAAAAGAAAUGUUCAAGAAAAUAGACACAGAUAAUGAUGGAAUUGUUUCCUGUGAGGAACUGAAGGCUGGGCUUACGAAAUAUGGCACCCAUCUUGCCGAAUCUGAGGCGCAGAUGCUCAUUGAAGCAGUAGAUACCCAUGGAAAAGGAGUGCUAGAUUAUGGAGAAUUUGUCGCAGUUUCACUUCAUUUGCAGAGGAUGGCUAAUGAUGAACAUCUACGGCGCGCCUUUUCCCACUUUGAUAAAGACAGUAAUGGCUAUAUUGAGGCGGAAGAACUCCAUCAGGCUUUGGUGGAAGAUGGACCCGAUGACAGCAUGGAUAUUGCCAAUGAUAUUCUACAAGAAGUUGACACUGACAAGGAUGGAAAAAUCAGCUAUGAUGAGUUUGUAGCCAUGAUGAAAACUGGAACAGACUGGCGGAAAGCCUCCCGACACUAUUCCAGAGGAAGAUUUAACAGCCUCAGUGUCAGGCUAAUGAAAGACGGGUCACUAAACAUGGGCAGUGAGAACUAAUCAACAAUUGGAGAAGGUUUUACCAUUGUGCAGUGGUGCACUGAUUGACAUUUUUCCUCCCUGUUUUCUUUUUUUAAUUUCUUCUGAUUGUUUUGGGUGGACUUCGAUUGAGGUGGCCCCUUGGAUCGAGUUCACUUUGUAAGUUGUAUUUACAUCUUCCACACACUGUUUGCCACCAAAUGAUGAUGAUGAUGUUGCGUUCGUGUUGAAUCUCGUUAUCAGGAAUUGUUAUACCA